CCAGAGGCUAGCUAGGCUGCCGGCAGUGCGCGCAGCGUUCCCCGCCGCCCCUCAACCUUCCCCCCGGGGGUUCCCGCGGAGCCCCCCGGGGUGCCCAUCAAUUUCCUUGGGUGACCACAGCGUGUUUUGUUCUUCUUCCUUCUUUCCCUUGCCCGUGUGCCCUUCUGCAGGAUGGCAGAGGCGGAACUGCACAAGGAGAGGCUGCAAGCCAUUGCCGAAAAAAGAAAGAGGCAGACGGAAAUAGAAGGCAAGCGACAACAGCUUGACGAGCAGAUACUUCUGCUGCAGCAUUCCAAGUCCAAAGUGCUUCGAGAAAAAUGGCUGCUGCAAGGUGUACCUGCCGGAACUGCUGAAGAGGAGGAAGCCAGGAGGCGGCAGUCUGAGGAAGAUGAGUUCAGGGUCAAGCAGCUGGAAGACAACAUUCAGAGGCUGGAGCAGGAAAUACAGGCGCUAGAAAGCGAAGAGUCCCAGAUAUCUGCCAAAGAGCAAAUCAUCCUAGAGAAACUCAAGGAGACAGAGAAAUCCUUCAAGGACUUUCAGAAGAGCUUCUCCAACACGGAUGGAGAUGCAGUAACUUACAUUUCCUCCCAGCUCCCCAACCUGCCAAUCCUCUCUUCACGAACAGCAGAACUGUCACCUGGGCAGGACGGGACCAGCAGAGCAGCUGCUAUGUACGCCAUGGAAAUUAAUGUGGAGACAGACAAACAAACAGGAGAGACCAAGAUUCUCUCUACAUCUACCAUUGGCCCAGAGGGGGUCCAACAGAGAGGAGUCAAGGUCUAUGAUGACGGUACCAAAGUAGUGUAUGAGGUGCACUCAGGAGGCACCAUAGUAGAAAACGGAGUGCACGCGUUAAGUGCAAAGGAUGUUGAAGAGCUUAUUCAGAAGGCGGGACAAUCAAGCUUGAAAGGAGGGCCCUUGGCCGAAAGGACUGUGAUUGCCGACGGGAGCCUCAGCCACCCGAAGGAACACAUGCUCUGUAAAGAAGCCAAGUUAGAAAUGGUCCAGAGAUCUAGGAAAGACCAUGCGUCUGGGAACCCAGGGCAGCAGACCCGAGCCCCCAGUGCCGAAGGGCCGGAGGGCAACUUGGAUCAGCCCGUCACCAUGAUUUUUAUGGGCUACCAAAAUAUCGAGGAUGAAGAAGAGACUAAAAAGGUGCUAGGCUAUGACGAAACCAUCAAGGCCGAAUUGGUCCUCAUCGACGAAGAUGAUGAGAAGUCGCUGAGGGAGAAGACAGUGACGGACGUGUCCACCAUCGACGGCAACGCCGCAGAGCUUGUGUCUGGGAGGCCGGCCUCAGACACCACAGAGCCCUCAUCCCCAGAAGGGAAGGAAGAGAGCCUGGCUACAGAGCCGGCCCCAGGUACCCAAAAGAAAAAGCGCUGUCAAUGCUGUGUUGUCAUGUGACUUCUUUCCCCCCCUUUCUUCCGGGCAGACUCUGUCCUCUCCACCACUCCCGUAGACCUCACUGUACCACUAACUGCAAAUACUGUGAACUGGAAGCAAACGCCUGCCUUGCCUUGCAGUUGGAUUGCUUUGACCUCUCUCAUGUUUUCCUUUUUUCUCACCUGAGAGACCACGUGCAUGUGUGUGCUUCACUUUUUUUUUCCUCCCAAGAACUUGCUUUUCCUCUAAGCUUUUCCUUGUGUCUUCAAGAGCGAAUCAAUUCCCGACUGCUCGAUUGGAAUGGACUCUUCAGAUCAGCCACUUCUCUAGUAGCCUUAAUUCACUUGACUGGAUUUGAACCCAUUGGCACCGGGGGCUUUGCUUUCGUAGCCUGUUCCUAUCACCUAGACAACCCACACCGCCACGUCCCUGAUUUAGCACUUGCCUCCCUCGCUGUGGAUCUUUGUUUUUACAUCUCGCGUGGCAAAAUGCUGUUGGCUCUAGCAGGCUGCUAAUGUAGCCAAAAACAGACCUUCCUUAGUCUGUGCAAUCGAGGGCGAUGCUUUUAGCUGCCUUACCUAAGCUUCCAGAUUACAGUAUUGUGCAUCUCUGGCUUUCCUUCUGUGAAAACGGAAAUGAAAUUGAUGUUAAAGCAAAGAACCCAAUGCUUAUCACGGCAGAAGUGUAAGGACUGAUCCCAUAACCUGCUCAUCAGAGCUGUCUCUCUUUCUAUGGUUUAACCGAUGAAUCCUUUCUAUAAGAAGCACCAUUUUAAAUUUUCUAAGGACAUGAAACAAAACCUUGUGUUAAGCAUCAGUAGUGAUCUCCAAAUGUAGACAGGCAAAUCCAUGAGCCUUGUUUCUAUUCUCUCAAAAAAAUGUAAAUUUUUAUAUUGCUUUCUUUGUCAUGAUUUUUCUGAUCAUGUUAAUCUAUUUUCAAUGAAGGGAUCAUUUUGAGGAGUAUCUCUGCAGUGAUCAUAUUUCUAAAAUAGCUUUUUUCUGACCUACAGUGGUUGCUGCGAUGCUUCCACUUCAUCCUGGAUGGUGCUGUAAUGCGUUAACUCUUCAUCUCGCGUGCCCGGGUGAUUAUAGAGCCUCGCUUCUGUACCCUUUUCUUUCUGUCCUCAUGAGAAAGAGAAUGUUUCAGGUAGCUUCCACAGAUAGGUUUAACUGCCCUUCGAGAAAAGUUGAAAAAUGUAAAAAAAAAAAAAAAAAAAAGGUUAAAGGAUGAAGAAUGACCUGUCUUCUCAAUGUUAAGUACUUACAUCCAUUCCUCAAAGACUGGCUGAGUGGCAGAUGGCUGAACGUCUCAAAGGAUUGUUUUUUAAACUUCUGGAGAUUCUGAAACGUCAAGAGUAUUUUCUAAUCUAGAACACAAUAAAGAGUGCUUGAAAUCAAUUAUUAACACUGCCCCCAAAAUCAUCAGCCAUGUGUAUGGUAAAACCAAAGGGAAGGAGUUGAGUAAAAUAAUAAUUAUAUAGUAAUGAAAUAAAGAUGUCAUACUUUAACUGAUUUUCAUAAGAGCUAUCUUAAUUUUAACUUACUUGCCCAGAUGUUGAGUCAGUUGUGGAAAUCAUGCAGAAAAUUAUCUGUGUUCCCAAAGAGUUCCAAAAAACAUGUAACAUGAUACAUUAUAUCAAGUCUAACUUCUGUAGAAAGUGAAUGAGAAAGAAGGUUACCAUGAGAGAUUUUUAUUACAGAACGAACUAAAUUCAUCUAAUUUAUCUUGCUCAAGUCAGUGCUAUAUUUAUUAUUUUUUCAUUUCUUGACUUGAAAUGAUAUUUAUACUAAUUGGAAAGGGACUUUGGCAUAUUUUGCUUGUUUCUCAAAGUUAGUAACACUUUCAGCAAACACAGAAUGAAUAAUUUUAUCACCAAUGAAUAAUUUUAUCACCAAUGUGUAAACAACAAAGUUCAAGAAGAGAAAACAAGUGAUCCCAUCUGUGGCUUGGUUCUGAAUGAGUGAGGGAAUUCUCUUGAAACAUCAGGUUCACCUAAACAGCUGCAGUGAAAUAAAACUGCCCUGUUGUCUAGAAACUUGAUUUUAAUGCCUACAAAUCUCCCUACUCUCAGCAUAAUUUUCCUCAAUAAAUGGUCAUUUAAGCAUCAUGCAAACAGUCACUGAAAUGACAUGCAGACAAACCUAUCUACAUAGGAGAAUAUUUCACUGUUCUAGACAAUCUAUUUUCAUAAUCUAUUUAGGAAAGAAACAAUCUGAAAGUUUACCGUGGUUUAUAUUUUUUCUUGGGGAUUAAAACUCUUUAAUAUGAGUUUUUAAAAGCACAGUUAGUGAGUGGAAUGGUGGGACUUAGGAUCCCUGGGCUUACUGUUGGUAAACAGAAUGUGUCUUCCAGGAUAGCGCAAUUCCUGAAAAGCCACACUCUUCCAUAAGUGAGCUGAUUACUCAUGAACAAAAUGAUCUGCACCCCUAACUACAGCACUGAGCCUAAGACCUAAAUCACCAGUGGGUAACCCUCCCUCAUUCAUCAGUAAUUAUGGGCAUCAAGGAGAACAAUGAUGAGCACAUUGAAUGAAUUAGGAUGCUCUGCUUAUUUUAUUAUUAAAUACUGCAGUUUACAAUUUAAUGGUUUCUGAAGUAAGGUGCACUCCUUUUGUUCAAAUUAUCUGUGGCCAUAGUAAAUGAAGGUUCGUCUGAAUAUGCAAAUAUAUUUGCAUAGUUCACAUUAUUUUCCUUUCAUAAUGGGGAAUUCAGGCUCAGCCAGCAGUUUUAGGGUUGGAGACUGUAAUGUCACCCACAGCAGCAGGUAACUACCCUGGAUAAUGCAAACGUAGACAGAGCUGUGAUUGUGACCGCCAGUCUUCCUACUGUUGUUGGCAUUCUCUCUGUACAAACUUUAUCAUGUAUGAUAUCACCCCCUUCAAAAAUGCAAAGCAUUUAGUUACAUAACCAGACUCAUUAAAGAAUCAGUAAUGAAGUUGCAAAACUAUGAUAUUUUUUAGCUAAUAGUUGGGCAGUUUUUAAAUAGAGGAGAAAAAGGGAAAGGAGGAAUAUUUCAUCUGCUUGUAAGUAGAUUUUCAAUGGCAUUUAAUUGAAGAUCCUUAAAUGAUUAGAAUGAUAAAGUUUAACCCCAAAUAUCCUGAAAAUUCUUGAUGACUUUUGUACCCUUUUUUUCUUUCUUUUAAUGUGCAAUAAGACAAACUAAGGAAAACUUUUCCCCCCACCUUGUACCUCUUUUACCCAUAAUUAUAUUAUUUUCCUUAUAUAAGGAAAAAUAACUGCCUGUCAGUGAUUUGACAAUGUCCAGUGAUGUCACUUUAAUAUUGGGGGUUGAGUAGAAGAGGGGCUGGGGAAUUCCCUUCUGGCCUAACCCAAAAAGCCCAAGCUCCCUGAGCAAACUUGAAAUGAUUCAAAGGUUUUGAGAAGACUCAAAUUCUAGAGUUGAUUUGAUUUGACUCCUUCCUAGUAAUUUUAUUUGACUUCCUUGUGAUAAAUAUGUCUUUUCUACAUGCAAACAAAAUACAUUAUUUUGGUUCGGGUCAUGUUUUUAUGGAAGGAAGUGAACACACACACACACACACACACACACUUGUGUGUAUAGUUUCCUAGAGAUACACUACCAUAUCUGAAGUGAAAUGUUGAGGCCGAAUGUGAAAAAAUGGCUUAUUUCUCUUCCCUUCCCACAGAGUUUCAUUUCAAGGGACCACAGAACACCCUUGAAAAUUGCCCUUUGUUUACUCUCAGUGAACCAAUAGGUAGCAAAAGAGCAAGGAGAAAAUACAAUGAUGGAGGCAAAACUCAGAUUACUGUAUCAGGUCUUCCUGUUUGAAAAAGCAUUCACCCUCCCAGUUUAAAACACAGAUGCACGUAGGCAGAAAAUGUACUGAGGAUUUCUGUUGUUUGUUCUUAAAAUCUAGACGCUUAGUCAUCUGUGCUCAUCAGUGGAUGGACGGGAGAGGUUCACUGCAUAAAGGGUCUAUUCCUUGUAGAAAUAUUCUCAUCUCCUUCGAUGUCAGGUUACAACAAAACCCAUGCCAAGUUAAGCAGUUUCAUGUUGUAUUUUUGCAACAUGGAUGUUUGUUAUUGAAACCACAGACUCUCAGCAUAUUUAAGACAUAGAUUUCAGAAACUUUAGAAAUAUGCAACUUUUGGGAGCUCCUCAGUUUCUUCAUCAAGGUAACACUGAAUCCGUGUAGGUGGAUAAAACCAGAAAUUAUCCCUUGAGCUGUUGGAUCGUCUAACAAAGCAACAGCAUGAGUAACUGGGGUAGAUCACAAAACAACUUCAAGUAAUGAGGCAGAUGGGGUAUCUCUGGUUUUAUCGGAAAAACUUCCCUGCAUUUUCUAAGGAAAAGGAGGUCUUUUAUGUAGGAGCACAAUGCCGUUAGAUGUCUGUAUUUUCAUACCUUCGGCAGAGUUCUUAAUACAACUCCCAUUUCAACAAAUACCAAAGUAUUUACUGUUUGUUUGUAGGAAGGUAUAGGAUAAAAAUCAUAGUCUGAACAUUUCAAAGGGAAAUUUCCCUGGAGAUCUUUAGACCAACUUCUCCCAGGUAAUUUUUCUAUAACUUAAGUAGGCCUCUGUCCCUCUCCCCUCUGGUCUAACAUAAGAAGGUCAGAAUUAUCGCACAAAACACCUGCUGUCAAUGAGGAAACAUCAUCUAUAAUUUUAGGGACUGCAGACUUUCUGCAGCAAAGAUCUGGACAGCCUUAACUUUUGUAAAAAAAUAAAAUAAUAAUAAUUUUUCGAUGUUCUAAUCUUUUACUAAGCAGGAAGACAAAAUGUUUCCUGAAAUUAAUGACUUUUUUAUAUUUUGUGACUAUUUUAUAAGUUUAUACAGGUAGAGGUGUGAAUGGUCAUCUUCCCUUCAUACUGCCUCUUAGUAGUCACCUGGGGCUGUUUUUUGCAAGUCAUUGUAUUUUUAUCAAGAGCAAAGUGUAUCUCAUGAAUCAUAACAUUCUCCCUAGAUUUCAGGCAGUCCUUCUGGUGUGAAAGAACAGAAAUACAGAAAGAAAAGAAGUACAGGGUGGCUUCCUUUUCAUGUUCUUAUGGUUAAUGUACUGUAUGGCAUAUAUGUUUACAGAAUGUACCUGCCUUGUGAUGUUAACAAAAUGAAUGACAAAAAGAGUUCUGAUGUGCCAUUUGACAGUUUGCCUUAGCAUCACUGUUUAUGUUUUUCCUUUCUGUCCUUUGAAAAAAACGCAGUUGUAUUCCAAAGCUGUAUGAACACAACAUUCUCUUCCCUACUCCUGCCAGCUUUCCUCAGAGCUGGGAAUUUCAUCCCAGGAGCCUUGAGGCAGAACCUUGCAGCUGUGCCCAGAAGGGCUAAAUUGGGCAUGGCUUGGGCCUUCCUUCUGCCCCUCUUCCAACUGAACACACUUGUGUUCCCAUCUGAGCCUGCAAAACCACACUCUGACAUUCCUGGGGCAGGCCACCUAAAACGCAUGACUUCUUUCAGUCUCAUUCCCUCACAGUGCGUCCCACUGUGGGGAAAGUAAACUUGUGGAUCCCCCAUCUGGGGCUGGGAGCAUAUGUUUAAGCCCAAUUGGCAUUGCUUGGAAAAAAAAAAAAAAAAAAAAAACAAGAGACGUGGACUCAAUGGUACGAUUGAGCCGUAGCUAAGCGGUUAUGUCCAUUUAUUGUAGUCUAGGAUAAGUAGCAUGAUAGGGAUGGAAGGAAGGAGUGGCUAGAGAAAAGGCAUAUUUUACAUUUAUGUAUUUUUUAAGGAAUAAUAUUUUUAUAAUGAAAUCUAUAUGCAUUAUAGAGCUUCAGUUUGAAAACACCCUUGACUGAGUUAUUUCUCCAUUCCAUGAUGGUAACUUUCGGUGCAUUGUACAGCACCUUCCCAGAUCUUGGUCCUCUGACCUGGCCAUGUACUGCCAUUGCUUGAAAUCCAGUGUUUCCAAACAGACUGAGGUUAAAAGAUUAACCUUUCUAUACCCGCCAUCAGAUAAACUUGAUAGCUUUCAAAAAUACAUACAAAACUAAUAGUCUUUUGGAAGGAGAUGGGUAUUGUAAAUGCAAACCAAGCCUAGCAAUGAUUGAAGUCCAACUCUUCCACAUAUUUAGGGAGUAAUUGCUGCAUUUGCAGUGAAGGGACCACUCACUCUGGUGAUAUUGGUGAUACCUGUGAAAUGAUGAGUCACAAGGAUUGGCCACUUUCAGUCUAUGCAUAAAUGUAUGAGCCACCAAUUCAAAAACUUGCCAGGUGUUUUUGGCCUUGUACCUAUCACUGGAGUUGUGUCUUAGUUCCAGAGUUGAGUAGAGAUGGGAAAAGAUUGUUGUUAUCCAUCCAUAAAAGAGAUUAUGAAUUUUUAGAAUUUUUAAUUUUUUUUCCAAUUUUCUGCCAAAUUCCUGUGUUCCCACCCUGAUCACACUCAGUUUCACCAAGAUCUUCACCUCCACCUGUUUCUCUAUCUGCCCGACAGAAUGGAUCAAAUUGCAGCGUCCGUUCUGACGCCCACUCCUGUUUGACUGUCUUAGCAGGCAGUAUCCUUCCCUACCCUAACAGCUCAAGGUCCUCAUUCCUACAUGACAAGGUCAUAAACACUCUCCAUUUCCAGAAAAAUUAACUCUUCUGGUUCCCAUGGAAAUAUUUGUCAUGCCCUCAUCACAGUAUCCCUCCAACAAACCCAGCUCAAGCCUAGCUGUGUACAUUGCCAUCAUGGAGACCACUGCAAAAAUGAAAGAAGUAUCUAAUUGCCUGAAGGUGCUGAGGGAGGGCCAAUUUAGUCCAAUUACUAAGGAAACCUCAGUUUUGAGGUUAGGUGGGCAGGGAGCAAUCCAGCCACUUGGUUUUGCAACAACACACUUUUACACACCAAGAGGCCACCAGGCAAUGCCUGACCUGAACUUAUUUGGCAUAUAGCUCCGAUUAAUUCUGUGAUAUCCUGUUCUGGUGAGUGGGAAGAGUUCUUAUCCUUGACAGGGUUCUGGAACAUUCUUUUUUCCUCUCAUGCUCCUGACUUAGGAGAGGUGAAAUCAUACAGGGGUUCCAGAAAAUGUUGUGUCUGAUGCAGCUUUUCCGUGAAUGUAGGUUGUUGUUGGAAUUUUCAGCUUUAGCAGCUCACUUGGGGUGAGUGACAUCUCUGUACAUACACCCAUUUGUGGUUGGGUGGUGGGGGCGGGGGGUGGGAGUCUGUUGUGUCUCCUCUGAAUUAGACUUGCUGGGCUAGCUGCUGUACUUUGUAACCUGAAGUGUACUUUGACGGUCCUGUUUCCUUCAGAUGAAAAUCAAAACAAAAACUGACUUCUGAGAAAACACUGCCAGCAACAACUGAUGCUGUACUUGUAGCUUCUCUCUGUUCCUCUGUACAGUAUUAAUAGACAAUAAACUGCCUUUUCGCUGCAUCUA